AACAAUCAGUAAUAAUGUCACUGACAAACAUAAAUAAAAGUAGUUUUUUGUGGGAAUGCCACAAGGUACUAUUUUAUGACCAUCUAAUUUUCGUCUGUGCACACAUACCUAUUUAUUUAUUUACGAUAAUUCUAAACCACGUAAAACGUCACAAUGUUAUGGCAAAAUAUGUAUUGUAAGGUUUAGGUUCAUUCAUUGUUAUUAGAAACAAAAUUAAAUUAUCCAAUAAAGAUUUCCCGCCAACACUUCAAGGUUGAAUCUGUCAAAAACACGUUGGUCGAGUUGUGAAAAUAAAACAAUUUUGCUUUGGGAAAGAAAGCUGACUGGCGGAUUGGCUAUUAAUCUUGAGUUGUUUUUGGGAAAGGCAGUUGUUUACUUAAUUUAAUCAAUUUUAAAUUGCUUGAAAUCAAAAUCAACUGAAUUCAAAUUUAACAAUUAAUGACAGGUCUAGAUGAAAAUAAAAGUUCUAGAAGACACAAAAACAUCAUAAAUCACAAAGUUAAUCUCUUAGAUUAACGUAAAUAAUCAGGAGAAGUACAGUUUAUUGUUACUUAGUAGAGUGGCAAGAAAAUAAAACUGUAGCAUCACAAUUAAGCCAGGACCUUCUAAGGUCAAAGAUGUAGGUUAAGAUAAAUAUUCCCUAAUUUACAAAAAAAGAUAUCGGCCGUAUUGAGAACCUGGAGAAGGUUUUUGGGAAGUCAAUUAAACACGUCUCGAAACAUGCAACCAUGUAGAUGUUGUAUUUCCUAGAAAUAAAGAGUUUCAGUGUUCUCAAUAAAUGAAAAUGGUGAAAAAGGGAUUAAAACUUCGCGUAACCCUUUCAUGUCCGAAUUGGGCUUAACACGGAUUUUUGGCGCUUAAAAUAUGAAACGUGGAUAUAAUUUCCACGAGAGCAAAAUUUUAUUUUAAAUCAAACUGUAUCCGUUACCUACUGAUUUUAGAGUUAAUUCAGAUAAUGUACGCUUAGUAACAUCCAUUGACUACUUGACAUCAUAAUCUAAGAAGAUUAAAAUUGCUUUGAAAAGAUAAGGGUCUUUCGUCGAUUUAUAAAACAACCGGAUUGUUUUACGCAAAAUGAAAUAAUACUUGCUCUAGAACCUUAUGCUAUGGUUAUUAUAGCUAAACAUUUGAUAGAGGUUAAAAUAUGGAAAUAAAUAAGAAUGAUCUCUUUAAUGUAACUAAGAAGAUUCCUUUGAAUAAAAGAUACACGUAAGUGCCUAUCCAAGUAAUGAUUAAUUAAAGAUAGGGAGCCUAUCUGCCAAUAGGUUAAUAGACGAGUGAAUAAGACAGAUCCAAGGAAUGGAAAGGUCGUGUAGUCUAGCUGGUCACAUUGCAUGGUGCGGUUCGAAGGACUAAAGCACGUGCGAUGCGGCGCGACAGGCAGCGCGGGCGGGUGGCAGGGCGAGGGGUGCGCAGUCGUGUGCAGUGGACCACUCGACGUCGCACAAGGUCAAGGAGAAUGAUUAACAACGAAAAUACAGCAAAACAAACGGUGGCGAAGCGGGGUACGAGCGGGGACGCGACGCGCCAGUCAGAGCAGCGACGCCGCCCGCAUCGGCCGCGAGAACGGCGCCGCUCGCGACAUUUACGAAAAUCGAUGCACGAUCCAACCCUAAUCGCUGCUACCAUAAUUCACGGUUUGAUCUAACGGAGCGUAAAUUGAUCGUGACCAUCGCAGUGCGCGCUAAGUUGCCCGUCACUUGUGUAUCUGUGCAAUUUCAUUGUGAACGUUGUUGAAGUGCAGUGGGUUGAUAGUAAUGUGAGGAUGCUUGUGCGUGGCCAUGUCAGUGGCGAAGAAAGAUAAGCCGACUAUGUCGGUAACGGCACUUAUCAACUGGGCACGACCCUUGCCGCCAGGCCAGCAGCAGCAGCAGCCGAUGACGCCUACGUCGCCUGGAAGCAUGCUUCAGCCGAUGGCUACACCGUCUAACAUACCGACUGUUGACUGUUCGCUGGAUAUCCAAUGGCUGAACUUAGAGAGCGGUUUUAUGUCGCCGAUGUCACCGCCGGAGAUGAAGCCAGACACGGCGAUGCUAGACGGCUUGCGAGACGACUCCACCCCGCCCCCUGCAUUCAAGAAUUACCCCCCCAAUCAUCCCUUAAGUGGUUCCAAGCACCUCUGCUCUAUAUGUGGAGACAGAGCGUCGGGAAAACAUUAUGGAGUGUACAGUUGUGAGGGUUGCAAAGGGUUUUUCAAGAGGACGGUAAGAAAAGAUCUGACGUACGCGUGUCGUGAGGAGCGUAACUGUAUAAUAGAUAAGCGGCAGAGGAAUAGGUGCCAGUACUGCAGGUAUCAGAAAUGUCUGGCUUGCGGGAUGAAGAGGGAGGCAGUCCAAGAGGAGCGACAAAGGGCAGCCAGAGGUGCGGAGGAUGCACAUCCAAGCAGCUCAGUGCAGGUACAGGAAUUGUCAAUCGAGCGGUUGUUGGAGAUGGAGUCGCUGGUGGCUGAUCCCACUGAAGAGUACCAGUUCCUCCGUGUGGGGCCUGACAGUAAUGUGCCACCUAAGUUCCGUGCCCCUGUCUCAAGCCUUUGUCAGAUAGGUAACAAACAGAUAGCAGCGUUGGUUGUCUGGGCACGCGACAUCCCGCACUUCAAUUCUCUCCACCUGGAAGACCAGAUGCUCCUUAUCAAGGGAUCCUGGAACGAACUGCUACUCUUUGCUAUCGCCUGGCGGUCUAUGGAGUAUUUGACAGAGGAGCGUGAGGUUGUAGAUAGCUCCGGUAACAGGACCACAUCGCCACCACAACUCAUGUGCCUCAUGCCUGGUAUGACCCUACACCGUAACUCGGCUCUCCAAGCAGGCGUCGGCCAGAUAUUCGACCGCGUCCUUUCGGAACUGUCCCUCAAAAUGCGCGCUCUCCGCGUCGACCAGGCCGAAUAUGUCGCGCUCAAAGCCAUCAUACUGCUCAAUCCUGAUGUGAAAGGACUGAACAACAGACUAGAAGUUGAAAUUUUACGAGAAAAGAUGUUCUCGUGCCUGGACGAGUACGUGCGGCGGUCGCGCGGCGGCGAGGAGGGCAGGUUCGCGGCGCUCCUGCUGCGGCUGCCCGCGCUGCGCUCCAUCUCGCUGAAGAGCUUCGAGCACCUGUUCUUCUUCCACCUCGUGGCCGACACAUCCAUCGCGUCCUACAUCCGCGAGGCGCUGCGCAGCCACGCCCCGCCCAUCGACGCCAACGUCAUGUAACCAUACAGCUCCUACGCGGCAGCUUCAUACUUCUCUUAUCUUCUCUAUCACUAUAAGAGCGACCGGUCGAAGGUUCGAGGUGAGAGCACUGGUUUCGGCCAUCUAAUUAGGAUUCUUUUAUGGAAAGUUAGCGUUAGCAGACGUCGAGUGGGCGUGUCGAAGUGGUUAAGAACGUUUCGAGGUCUUAGAUUAAUAAUCUUGAUACCUCAGUGUAUGUGCGUGUGACCGCUACACGACCUCUACGAUGUACAAGUUUAUAAACGGUUCUGAACAAAAUUGUUGCUAUAAUUAUAGGAAAUUCUUUAAUAUUUAAACUUAAGUAAAAUCUCAUAAAUCGUUAAAAUAACCAAAAGGCCUUUGUUUUAUUUAGAGAGCACUGAAGGCUGUGUUUGACAACAUUCUGGCUAUGCAAAGUACGCGGACGCGAUGUAGUGUAUAAUUAGUCGUUGGUUAUAUGAUAUAUCAUUUACUAUAAGUACCUGGAUGUCGAUAGCUCUAAUUCAACCGGCCCUUCGUCCACAUCGUAUUGGUAAGCAGCUACGCAAGCAGUAGAGAGUGUAAGUACAAUAUCGACGCGUCGUGUAUCGGUCCGAGUAUGUAUCGAGAUCCACACGGUAGCGGUUAGAUAGUGUAAAUGGGGCCGCCUCUUUUAUUACGUAGAUUAUGAUUAACGUAAAUAUUAGUCAUUCAUUUAUUAGGGAAUUUUAAUCGUCAGGUAGGUGUCCAUAGCGAAUUAAUAUAAUGUUAGACUAAUUAAUGUGUAAUUUUAACAUUUACCAAAUCUCUCUUCAAAGCACAUACAUUUAUUACUAUGUAUUUUAAUGGAUUGAUAAGUGUCCUAUGAGCCAGAGAUAAAAUCAUGUUGAUUCGUAAAAACUAAAAGAUAAAUUAUACGAAAUUUUAUGCUUCAUAUAUUUCCCGUAUUAUAUACAUGUUGGUGCUUUAACAUGCAUUAUUUACAUAUUGUGCAUAUUAAAUAUGCAUAGUAAGCAUUAAAAUUAAUGUUACUUGAUAAAUCCUUAUUUUCAUUACGUCUAGCAUAGAAUGUUAUGAAACUGUAAAUAUAUCUUGCAUGUACAAUGUAAUUUUAUUGUUUAGACGAGUAAUUUAUAUUGCAUAUUAAUAUAUAACUCACCAGCGAUGUAGGUGGUGGGUACAAACGGAUAGAAUGGCCUACAAAAUGUAAACAAAACAUGUAUUUCUUGGACAGGCCACUUUAUUUUUGUACGCGACGAUAUCUGUAACAUGCAUUUGAGAAUUCACUAACAAAAUUAACCAGUAUUAUGUAUUUAACAUUCACAAGACACAGAUCAAGUGGACGGCAUUAGAGCGAUAUAUGGACGAGUGACGAGCAUGGCUAAAGAAAAUGUUAAUAAAGUUUAAAUUGUUGAAAUUAAGAAAGCUAUGUAAUGUUGACUUGCAGCUCAAUGAUGUUUAACUGGUAUAUUUGGAACUAUUUAAGAUAUUCACAUACUGUAGAUUGUUGACCGUUGACAACCAGUAUUCCUGUUAUUAUGAAGAUAAAUGUUGAACACUGAUAUUACUCUAUGGAUUGGUUUGAAUUAUAUGACGGAGAUGUUGCAGUGGUUGUGAGAUGAUUUAUACUGAUGUUCACUAAUUAUCUGACUAAAUUUAAGUUAUAUUUUUUGUAUAGACAUACAUAGCUUUAAGAUUCGUAAAUGGUGAUUAAAAUUAUUAUCACAAUUUUGGUGUUUUUUUUUAUUGAAAUGAAUAUUUGUAGUGCUUCUACUUU